CUCUUCUCCGUCUCUCUGUCGCCUGCCCUCUUCUUAUUUACUCCUGCCUUCCCCCUGUUUUUCUUCCCCUCCCAAAAGCCCUGCUCUUGCUCUUGUUAUAGAGUCUCCCUUUUCUGUACACUACCCCCACCUCCGAGAACCUCACCGCUGCUACCGCUACCCCUCCCGAGUCUGUGCCGGGAGCUGUAGACCCUAAGUCAAUACCAGAAAGUCUUGCUCUUCCAGGCAAGGCUUUCCAUACAUCUUCACAAUUACCACCGAAAUCCCCGUUCGUGACGCUACGAAGCUGGGAAAGCGGAGAGCGUCAACCGAUAAAUCCAAAGCUCCGCCGGAGAAGAAGAUCAUGACUGACGUCAAGAUGCAAGUGGAUACCCCACAGGAGACUGUGGAGGCGAUCAAGCAGGGUGAGAUCGAUGAGUCCUUGUACAGUCGCCAACUGUACGUUCUCGGUCAUGAAGCUAUGAAGCGUAUGGGUUCUUCAAAUGUUCUCGUCGUCGGAUUGAAGGGUCUUGGUGUCGAAAUCGCCAAGAACAUCGCCCUCGCCGGUGUGAAGUCCCUCACAUUGUACGAUCCUGCACCCGUUGCCAUCUCAGACCUAUCCUCCCAGUUCUUCCUCCAGCCACAAGACGUCGGCAAGCCCCGUGCCGAGGUGACAGCUCCACGGGUUGCCGAGCUGAACUCCUAUGUCCCUGUCACGGUUCAUGACGGCGGCAAUCUUACCGAUAAUCUGGAAGAGUUGAAGCGCUACCAGGCUAUUGUCCUUACCCAAACCCCUCUGAAAGAUCAGCUUGCAAUUGCCGACUUUUGCCACAAGAAUGGCAUCUACCUCACCAUCACGGACACAUUCGGUCUUUUUGGAUACCUGUUCAACGACUUUGGAAAAAACUUCACCGUCGGUGAUGCUACGGGCGAAGAAGCUGUCAGCGGAAUCGUGGCGGCCAUCGAUGAAAAUGGCCUGGUCUCGGCUCUGGAUGAGACCCGACAUGGCCUCGAAGACGGUGACUUCGUGACUUUCUCUGAAGUCAAGGGUAUGGAGGGCCUGAACGGUUGCGCUCCUCGCAAGGUCACCGUGAAGGGCCCCUACACGUUCUCAAUCGGAGAUGUAUCUGACCUUGGGACGUACCAGAGCGGUGGUAUCUACGCCCAGGUCAAGAUGCCCAAGUUUAUGGACUUCGCGCCACUUGCAGAACAACUCAAGAAGCCUGAGUUCAUCAUCUCAGACUUCGCCAAAUUCGAUCGGCCGCAGCAGCUGCACAUUGGCGUCCAGGCGCUCCACAAGUUUGCUGAGAACCACAAAGGUGAACUUCCUCGCCCUCACAACGACAGCGAUGCUCAGGAACUGUUUAAUAUUGCAAAUGAGCUGUCUUCGGAGCUAGAGGAGAAGGUGGAGCUUGACGAGAAGCUCCUCAAGGAGCUGAGUUAUCAAGCCCGUGGUGAUCUGAAUCCCUUGGCUGCCCUGUUCGGAGGUAUUGCAGCUCAGGAAGUUCUCAAGGCUGUCUCCGGCAAGUUCAACCCUGUGAACCAGUGGCUUUACUUUGACUCCCUGGAGUCUCUCCCCACCUCUGUCAAGCGUUCCGAGGAGGCUUGCAAGCCUAUUGGUUCUCGUUACGACGGCCAAAUUGCCGUUUUCGGCAAGGAAUAUCAGGAGAAGCUCUCCAAUAUCACACAGUUCCUCGUUGGUGCCGGUGCUAUUGGGUGCGAGACCCUGAAGAACUGGGCCAUGAUGGGCUUGGGAGCCGGCCCUAAGGGAAAGAUCAUUGUGACUGAUAUGGAUACGAUUGAGAAGAGUAACCUCAAUCGGCAGUUCCUUUUCCGCAGCAGAGAUGUCGGUAAGCUGAAGAGUGAAUGCGCUUCCGCUGCCGUCGAGGCAAUGAAUCCCGAACUGAAGGGCAAGAUUGUCACUCUCCGCGACCGUGUCGGACCCGACACCGAACACAUCUUCAACGAAGAGUUCUGGGAAAGCUUGGAUGGUGUCACAAACGCACUCGACAACGUGGAUGCGAGAACUUACGUUGAUCGCCGCUGUGUCUUCUUCAGAAAGCCUCUCCUUGAGAGUGGAACUCUCGGUACGAAGGGCAACACCCAGGUUGUCCUUCCCCGCAUCACGGAAUCUUACUCCAGCUCCCAAGACCCCCCGGAGAAGACUUUCCCGAUGUGCACUCUGAAGAGUUUCCCCAACCGGAUCGAGCAUACGAUCGCCUGGGCUAGGGACCUUUUCCAGUCGUUCUUCGUUGGACCCCCGGAAACUGUCAACCUGUAUCUGUCCCAGGCGAACUACAUCGAGCAGACUCUCAAGCAGGCGGGCAAUGAGAAGCAGACUCUGGAGAAUCUGCGUGACUUCCUGGUUACGGAAAAGCCCCUGACUUUCGACGACUGUAUCAUCUGGGCUCGCCAGCAAUUCGAGGCCCAGUACAACAAUGCCAUCCAGCAACUACUUUACAACUUCCCGCGCGACUCAAAGACCUCCAGUGGCCAGCUUUUCUGGUCUGGACCCAAGCGUGCCCCCACACCUUUGAAGUUCGACAGCUCCAACCCGACUCACUUCUCGUUCGUCGUUGCUGCAGCCAACCUGCAUGCUUUCAACUACGGAAUCAAGAACCCCGGUGCUGACAAGGGAUAUUACAAGAAGGUUGUCGACAACAUGAUCAUUCCCGAAUUCAGCCCGAAGUCGGGCAUCAAAAUCCAGGCUGACGAGAACGAGCCUGACCCGAAUGCUCAGGCUACGGGCUCUUCCUUUGAUGACGGCAAAGAGAUUCAGCGCUUGGUAGACUCGCUUCCGUCGCCCAGUUCUCUGGCAGGGUUCCGCCUGGACCCCGUGGAGUUCGAGAAGGACGACGACACCAACCACCACAUUGACUUCAUCACUGCCGCCAGUAACCUGCGUGCCGAUAACUACGACAUCCCCCAGGCCGACCGCCACAAGACCAAGUUUAUUGCUGGCAAGAUCAUCCCUGCCAUCGCCACUACCACCGCGUUGGUCACUGGACUGGUCGCUCUGGAGCUGUUUAAGGUGAUUGACGGCAAGGAUGACAUUGAGCAGUACAAGAACGGCUUUGUGAACCUCGCACUGCCAUUCCUUGGCUUCAGUGAGCCUAUCGCCAGCCCUAAGGGCAAGUACAUGGGUAAGCAAGGGGAGGUGACAAUCGACCAAAUCUGGGACCGCUUUGAAGUGGAUGACAUCCCGCUGCAAGACUUCAUCAAGCACUUUUCCGACCUGGGCCUGGAGAUCAGCAUGGUCAGCUCUGGUGUCAGUCUCCUGUAUGCCAGCUUCUACGGGCCCUCGAAGGUGAAGGACCGUCUUCCCAUGAAGAUGAGCAAGCUGGUGGAACACAUCAGCAAGAAGCCGGUUCCGGAGCACCAGAAGAACAUCAUCUUCGAGGUGACUGCGGAAGACCAAACGGAUGAGGAUGUGGAGAUCCCCUUCUCGACCAGCCCAUUGCCCCUCUUUCGCUCGGUGCUGAUGUUUUCUGCUCUGUCGCGAGUCCACCAGGUCUCGCGCCAUAUAUUACAGCCCCGAGUCCUCGCCAGAUUCCCUCCUUCCGCAACUCACAACAGCUCCAUCCUCUCCGCACCACCCAUCGUCCCCUCUCUGACGCGCAACAUGGCGACCAACACCUCUAAGAAGAUCACCGAUUGGGUCGAUCCCAAGGACAAGAGCGGCGAAUUCAAGCGCCAAACGUCGACUUUCCGCAAUUGGAUCUCCAGUGAGCCCGGCGCGGAAUUCCCUCCGGAGAAGGGCCGCUACCACCUUUACGUCUCAUACGCCUGUCCAUGGGCCCACCGCACCCUGAUUACACGGAAGCUCAAGGGCCUCGAGGACAUCAUCUCCUUCACGUCCGUCCACUGGCACCUAGGCCCCAACGGCUGGCGCUUCGCAACCCCCGAGGAACAACAACCCGACGAAAAUGUCACCUCAGACCCCCUCUCGAAAUCCAGUUUUCUGCGCGAGAUCUACUUCUCCAAUGACCCGGAUUACGAGGGCCGGUUCACCGUCCCCGUCCUCUUCGACAAGAAAACUAACCGCAUCGUAAGCAACGAGAGCUCCGAAAUCAUCCGCAUGCUCUACACCGAAUUCAACGCCCUCCUCCCCACCCCCCUCCAACAAAUCGACCCCUACCCGUCCGCCCUCCGCGCCCAAAUCGACACCACCAACGACUGGACCUACAACGACAUCAACAACGGGGUAUACAAAUCCGGCUUCGCGACCACGCAAGAAGCCUACGAAAAAGCCGUGACGACGCUCUUCUCCUCCCUCGACAAAGUCGAAGCGCACCUCGCGAAAUCCUACUCGCCCGACACGCCGUACUACUUCGGCUCGACGAUCACGGAGCUCGAUAUCCGGCUCUUCACGACCAUCAUCCGCUUCGACCCCGUCUACGUGCAGCAUUUCAAGUGCAACGUGCGCGAUAUUCGCUCCGGUUAUCCGGCCAUUCAUCGCUGGGUGCGGAAUCUGUAUUGGAAUGUGCCCGCGUUCAGGGACACCACCAAUUUCGAACAUAUUAAGUUGCAUUAUACCAAGAGUCAUAAGCAGAUUAAUCCCUUUGGGAUUACCCCUGUCGGACCGGUGCCGGAUGUUUUGCCGUUGGGGGAGGAGGUUGCGGCUGUUGGGGUUGGGAGGUCGUAGAUACAUACGUAUUGAAUAACGUGGGUAGUUUAUAGUCAAUGCAACUGCAAAUAAGCUAGGUACGUAGGUAUGAUAUUCCAAUUGAAAUUGUUCAAUAUG